UUUUUCAUUAAUAAUCGACGGCGUCAGUCACAGCAGCUCAUGGUGUCUUCGCUGUAGUUCAGACCGCUGUCGUUUGAAAGUCUGUUUGUAAUAGUUUGUAAUGGCAGAAAACAAAGACUUUCUACACGAGGACUGAUAUUGUGACUGAAUCUUGAGGAUGUUUCUUCCAGGGGUUUUGGUUUUACUGUGUGCGUCACUGUCGUCCGCGGUGAAGGUGUUAACAUGGCCGCCCCUCAACUGCUCCAAACAGGAUUUGGAGUGUAAAGUCACCACAAGUAACUGUAUGGACAGGGGAUGGCUGAAUGUUUAUAAAUACACUCCCAGCGGUCCAGAGGAUCUGCAGGUGUCUGUGGAUACCAGGCAGGAUGAAAGAGGACGUCUGCAGCCUGUGCUGAGCGCUAACUGGAAGCUUAAGGAUGAUGGCAGUAUCAGUUCCCUGACCGCCACUGAGCUCCACGUUCUGGUGCUGUCCACCAAUCAGAACCUGUGUGUUCGAUAUUCACUCAAACACAGACUCCCAAUGAGAAGUCCGUCAGGGGAAAAGUGGUCAUUCUCAGCUAAUAUGGUGGUGGUGGACCCAGGUCAGAGGUACCGGGUCUCUGUAUUCAACAUCCCCAAACCUGAGCUGCGCCACAGCAGCUACAAUGUCAACACUGAUGUCAUCGUUCCUGAUUGUCGAGAUUCCAUAAUGCAGAUGACCCAGUUUUGCAUAGAGAGUGGAAGUCUGUGGCAGCCUAACAUCAGUCUGGCUGAGGCCACCUCCGUCGGGGGAAGUUCUGCACUGACUGUCAGCUUCACUCCUGAUGAACUGUGUGAGGAGUACAUGGUUAUCGUCAGGUGCUCCAGUUUUCAACAAGAAGUGGACCGUAUAUACAAGGGCAAUCGCACGACUCUGAAUACAGCGUUCAGCCUUGAUAAAUGGCCAAGCUCCUGCUGCCUGUUUCACGUUGAGAUCAAACCUCUAUUCCUACAAUGUGGCCCGGACUGUGUCCGUCAGAAAGCAACUCUGGAUAUUUGUCAUGUUCCUCCAACAGACUCCCCAGAUGAUCCUUCGUUCAUAUUCGUCAUCCUCGGAGUGGGAGUGAUGUUCAUGUUUGUAGUGAUGGCAGUCAUGCUGUUUGUCUUCUGCAGGAAGCCAGUCAAAGCUGGUGCUGCUGAACCUCUUGUGGGAGGUGAGAAUCUGCAGCAGAUUAAACAACCUCCCAAAGUGCUGCUCAUCUACUCCCAUGACCACUACCUCUACAGGGACAUAGUGCUAAAGCUCUGUGCCUUCCUCAAGAUCAAGUGUGGCACCAGGGUGGUGGUAGAUUUGCUGGACUCCACCUCAGUUGGCAUGGUGGGUCGAGUCCGCUGGCUUGAGUGGCAACGGCAACAGAUGAAAAAUCCAUCAGAUAAAAUUCUGGUGCUGUGCUCGAAAGGCGUCCAGGCAAAGUGGAGAGCCUUGUGCGGUCAAGGCCAGGUGACGCUGAGGGAGGACGUUCUCUCCCCGACAGACGACAUGCUCACCCCCUUUCUCCACCUUUUCCUACCAGACCUGCACCAGGCAGGCAUGCUGGGCAAAUACAUGGUGGCUUACUUUGAUGACAUCAGCAGCGAGCAAGACAUACCAUCGGUUUUUGACAUCGCAGUCAAAUACAAGCUGAUGAAGCAUUUUGAAGAGCUGUACUUCCGCAUUGUAGACAUUGAAAAGUAUCAGCCAGGUCAGGUCAACCACAUCGGGGGCAUCGGUGGGGAUGAGUAUUUCAACUGUCCCUCAGGCAGAGACCUGAAGAAUGCCAUCGAAACUUUCCAGGCCUACCAGUUGGAAAAUCCCGAUUGGUUUGAGAAGGAGUGUGUGCGCAGUGAGGAGGAGGUCGUGACUGAGGCCAACCUGCUCAUUGAGCCCAUGCAGAUCCCUCCAGUCCUACAAUGUGUUCCUCUAAUCAGAGAGGGCGCUCCUGUCUACAUCCAUGAGGUGGAAAUCGCUGAGAAUGGUAACAGUGUUCAUGUCCUUACACCUGAGCUGAACCCGCAGCACCAGGUGUCGUCAGUGGUAGAACUUCAACCAGUAGUAAACCCUGAGUGCAGACAUCAGUAUCCAUCAAACCUGUAUCCUCACAGUCCAAGCCCAGAAUCUCUCUACAUAGUUGAGCCUGUUUUGAACAGGCUGCCCUCACCAAGACAGAACUUUGUCCCCCUUGAGGAGGAGCCACUGUAUCAAAUUCCCACUGAGGAUGAUGAAGAGGACUCACUACAACCUAGAAGCGAACCCUCGGUUGAUCGGGACCCGAGGAACUCAGCUCUACAGAACUCCUUUGACUCGAACCAUCCAGAAUCCUCAUGUGCAAACACGCAGAGUGACUAUUUCCCUCCAUCUAAAAUCUUCCACUCCGAGCCUGUGGAGAUGGAUGAUGAUGAGGUUCUGGAGCCCAGAGGAAACAGUGGUCCAAACAGUGGAUCUGAUCAAGGCUACAUCUCCAAAAUGUCCUCCCAGCAUGAAGCACCUUUCAAAGCGGAUCCACUGGUGGCUCUGGCAAGGCUGCAGGAGGAGCUGUUUGAGCAGAAUCUCAGAUACUCUGACGAAGGUCCUGAAGGGAACUGAUGCUCACAGUACCGAAAGUACCCAACUUUCAAUUACUUUAUUCAGUGACAUUAUUGAUACCCACAAAACAGUAGCCCCGUUUACACAGCCUGUUCAAGAUGGUAUUGUUGCACCUUUGUCCCUCCUUGCCAUUCUGUAUAAAAGGAUCGUUGCUCUGCCUUUAAGCCUUCACGUGCUAUCUAAAAGCACCAUGGGGGCAGCAUUAUGCCGGGGCUUCUUAACAGCAAUAGAGCAGAAUCUGUAUUUAAAAGGGGCUAGUAACUGCCUAGGGGCCCCAGAUUCUCAGGGGGCCUUAAAGUUUCAGGUCCACAAUUUGGCAAUAACUUAAACUAAUUCUAAACUGAGAGAAUGGGAGCCUGAAGGCAACACCUCGUAGAGAUGUAGCUCCAAGAAAAUGUAGUUCAAAUCUAGUUUUCAAUCCUCUUUUUACUACAUACAUUUGUUCUUAAUCAGGUUACCCCUAACUAAUACAUACACAUAGUUGACUAGUCAAUCUGCAUGAAUAAUGUUGGAUCUAGAACGACAGCCUUCGUCUUUGGAUCUGAGGGACUGAAAACAAAAAGUGAGGUUUUAAAUUUGUUUUUUUUGUGCAUUGAUACAAACAAUGAAAGUAUUCCUGGUUAGAGGAGGAUAUAUCACAUGUAAUUUUUUUAUCAGUGUGUUUGUGUUGUGAAAUUUUCUUUGAAGGUCUUUGUUAAAUACUAAUUCUAACAGCACUUAUCUUUGUUUCAGAGUCAAUCAUUUUCCUCUUUUGUAAAAGAAUGUGUAACAAAUAAACACGUACAGUACUUUCCUCAGA